AUGAACCCAGAAGAGAAAAUUUUCCAAGAAUAUCUCACAAACCAGGGGACUGUGGUAAAGCCCUACAGCUGGCAGACAGAGAGCCAAACCUGUGCUAAGUGUCCCUAUCACAUACGGACAGGUGAAGAAGCAAGAGUUCCUUACACAGAGUUUCUGAGGGCUUUUGGAUUCCCAUGCAGAAGCACAGCACAUCCACAAACCCACCACCUUCUCUUCUACGAACUGAGGAGCUUCUCUGGCACUGUAGUCCAAAAAGGCCAGGCCAGCAGCUGUGCUGAGCAGGGCAGCCACCCGGAAUCCAUGCUGUUUGAGGCAGGUGGUUAUCUGGAUGCAGUGAUACAUGCCUAUGGAAACACUGGCUGCAUCACCCUCUAUUCAAAUUACUCUCCUUGUAAUGAGGCUUACCACUGCUGCAUAAGUAAAAUCUACAACUUCUUGCUGAAGCACUCAGAAACCAGGCUCUGCCUCUACUUCUCCCAGCCUUACCACGUUGAGGACAGCUUACCCACGGCCGCGUGGAACCGCCGAGCCCUGCGCAGCCUGGCCAGCCUGUGGCCAUGGGUCACACUGCAACCGCUGCCUGUGGGGACUUGGUGUCACCUCCUCUCCAACUUCGUGUAUGGCAUCCCAGGGUCAGCGCUUCAGCACACGGCUUUACCGCCAGGAACCAUAUCAGAUGGACAGAAUCCACACCAAAUUAACUUCAAAGGAGUGAAAACCUAUUGUAGGACAGCAUUUCCACAAGCAACACAUGGAGAGCCUGCUGUGCAGCAAAACCCAAGGGCUUUUUCUCGCCCUGCCUUCCAGCAGCCUUUACCAGUGACAAAGGGCAGUUUGCCACAUCUCCUGUCUCAAAGACACUCGGUGCUUUUUCCAGGCUUGUUUCUGCCCUCCCAGAGGGAACGUCUCCACCCCAGACCUAUAAAUAUUGUAAGGCACUUAAAAAUGCCAAAGGAGUUUAUUAAUGAAAGUCGUAAUCCUGAAGCAAUGAUGGCCAGCAGGAACCGACAGCAAAGGUGA